GCUGAUAGAUGGCUAAAAGCCACGGAACAGCUCUCCCUGAGUCUGAACGGUGAAAAGAAUGUCCCAGAAAUCCUGGAUAGAAAGCACUUUCACCAAGAGGGAAUGUGUAUACAUACUUCCUGUCUCAAAAGAUCCACACAGGUGUCUUCCAGGAUGUCAGAUUUGCCAACAGCUGGUGAGGUGCUGCUGCGGGCGGCUGGUGAGGCAGCACGCGGGCUUCACGGCCAGCCUGGCCAUGCAGUAUUCAGAACUGAGGCUGGGUGAGGGCGGCGCGCCGGAGCUGGAGGAGUGGACCGUGGAGAAGCACACAGAGGAGCGCCCCACCGACGCCUUCGGCAUCCUCAACUUCCAGGGCGGAUCCCACUCCUACAGAGCGAAGUACGUGCGCCUGUCCUACGACUCCAGAACCGAGGCCAUCCUCCAGCUCCUGCUCAAAGAGUGGCAGAUGGAGCUUCCCAAGAUAGUCAUCUCAGUCCACGGCGGCGUCCAGAACUUUGACCUCCACCCUCGGCUCAAGCAGGUGGUAGGGAAGGGGCUGGUCAAGGCCGCGGUCACCACAGGGGCCUGGAUCCUGACCGACGGGGUGAACACAGGCGUGGCAAAGCAUGUUGGUGAUGCCCUCAAAGAGCAUUCCUCUGGAUUGGUUCGGAAAAUCCGCACCAUCGGAAUUGCCCCCUGGGGAGUCAUCGAGAACAGAAAUGACCUCAUCGGCAGAGAUGUGGUCACUCCCUACCAGACGCUGCUGAACCCCCUGAGCAAGCUGAACGUGCUCAACAGCCUGCACUCCCACUUCCUCCUGGUGGAUGAUGGGAUGGUGGGGAAGUACGGUGCGGAGGCCGUACUCCGUCGCCACCUGGAGAAGCACAUCAGCCAGCAGAGGAUCCAUGCCAGGAUCGGGCAGGGGGUGCCGGUGGUGGCGGUGGUCCUGGAGGGCGGGCCCAACGUGAUCCUGACGGUGCUGGAGUACCUGCAGGAGAGCCCCCCUGUGCCCGUGGUGGUGUGUGAGGGGACCGGGCGCGCUGCUGACAUCCUGGCCUACGUCCACAAGCACACUGAGGACGGAGGAUUUCUUCCUGACGGGGUUGAGGUGGACAUCGUCGGGACAAUCAAAAAAACCUUUAACUUCAGCCACGGUGAUGCCAUCCACCUCUUUCAAACCAUGAUGGAGUGCAUGAAGAACAAGGAGCUGAUAACGGUGUACCAUGCAGGAACAGAGGACCCGCAGGACAUCGAUGUGGCCAUACUGAGAGCACUUUUAAAAGGCACCAAUGCAUCAGCGUUUGACCAGCUUGUGCUCACCCUGGCUUGGGACCGCGUUGACAUCGCCAAGGAUCACGUGUUUGUCUAUGGGCAGCAGCUGCUGGUGGGCUCUCUGGAGCAGGCCAUGCUGGAUGCCCUGGUGAUGGACAGGGUGGAGUUUGUGAAGCUGUUGAUUGAGAAUGGAGUCAGCAUGCACCGCUUCCUCACCAUCAGCCGCUUAGAGGAGCUCUACAACACGAAACAAUCCUCAACGAAUCAGACCCUCUUUCAGCUCGUAAGAGACGUCAAACAGGGUCACCUUCCCCCAAACUACAAAAUCACCCUGAUAGACGUGGGCCUGGUCAUCGAGUUCCUGAUGGGUGGGACCUACAGGUGCAACUACACCAGGAAGCGCUUCCGGAUCAUCUACAACAACCUCUACGGCAGCAGCCGGAGGUCUGGCCGGCACAUAACGAUCGGUGGAUCGCACCUGCACAAGAACCGCGAGUCCUUCUGCAUUCACACCGACAAGAAGGAAAAGACCAGGCACAACCACUUCAUCAAGACCGCGCAACCGUACAAACCCAAGCCGGAGUCCUCCAGACAGCAGGCGAGGAAGAGGAGCAGGGAGGAGGUGGUGGACAUCGAUGACCCGGAGACGCAGCGCUUCCCGUACCCCUUUAACGAGCUGCUGGUGUGGGCCGUGCUGAUGAAGAGGCAGAAGAUGGCGCUCUUUUUCUGGCAGCACGGGGAGGAGUCCAUGGCCAAGGCCCUGGUGGCCUGCAGGCUCAGCCACUCCAUGGCCGAGGAGGUCCAGAAGAGCGACGUGGUAGACGGCACCUCCGAAGAGCUGAGGGGGUACUCCAAUGAGUUUGGCACACUGGCGGUGGACCUGCUGGAGCAGUCGUUCCGGCAGGACGAGACCAUGGCCAUGAAGCUGCUCACCUACGAGCUGAAGAACUGGAGCAACUCCACCUGUCUGAAGCUGGCCGUGGCCUCCAGGCUGCGGCUCUUUGUGGCUCACACCUGCACACAGAUGCUGCUGUCUGACAUGUGGAUGGGCCGCCUCAACAUGAGGAAGAACUCCUGGUACAAGGUGAUUCUGAGCAUCCUGGUUCCCCCGGCGAUCCUGCUCCUGGAGUACAAGAGCAAAGCGGAGAUGGCGCAUAUCCCUCAGUCGCAGGACGCCCACCUGAUGACGCUGGAGGACGGGGAGCACCCCUUCCACCACCCCGCCGCCCACGACCACAUCCAAAUGGAUGUUUUGAGGGAGGGGCGGCAGAGUGACCACGCUGAGCUGAAAAGUGAGAGCGAACAUCACCUCCGCACCCGGAGAAUCCCCGUCACCCGCAGGUUCUACGCCUUCUACCAGGCGCCCAUCGUCAAGUUCUGGUUCAACACGCUGGCGUACCUGGGCUUUCUGAUGCUGUACUCGUACGUGAUUCUGGUGCGGAUGCCCCCCAUGCCGUCCUCGCAGGAGUGUGUGGUCAUCCUCUACAUCUUCACCUCCGCCGUAGAGAAGACCCGAGAGAUGUGCAUGUCUGAAGCUGGGAAGAUAACUCAAAAGAUCAGAGUCUGGUUCAGUGAUUACUUUAACAUUUCGGACACGAUUGCAAUCGUUACCUUCUUUGUGGGAUUUGGACUGAGAUUCGGAACGGGCGAUGUCUUUACGGCUGGGAGAAUAGUUUACUGCCUGAACAUCAUAUUUUGGUUUGUGCGGCUUCUGGACAUCGUUGCGGUGAAUCAGUACGCUGGUCCCUACAUCAUGAUGAUCGGCAAAAUGGUGGCCAACAUGUGUUACAUAGUGGUGAUAAUGGCCGUGAUUCUGGUGAGUUACGGGGUCCCCCGGAAGGCCAUACUGUACCCCAACGAGGAGCCAUCCUGGACGCUGGCCAAGGACGUGGUGUUCCAGCCGUACUGGAUGAUGUAUGGGGAAGUGUAUGCCUAUGAGAUCGAUGUGUGCGCAGAGAACAGCGAGAUGAAGGAGCUAUGUGGCCCUGCUGUUUGGCUGAGCCCUCUCUUGCAGGCCGUGUACCUCUUUGUUCAGUAUAUUCUCAUCGUAAAUCUGCUCAUCGCUUUCUUCAACAAUGUGUAUCUGCAAGUGAAGUCCAUCUCCAACCUGGUGUGGAAGUACCAGCGGUACCAUUUCAUCAUGGCGUACCACGAGAAGUCUGUCCUGCCCCCACCUCUCGUCCUCCUCAGUCACCUGGUCUCCGUUUUCACCUGCGUCUGCAGGAAGAGGAAGAAGGCCGGCAUGACUUAUGGGCCAAAGCUGUUUCUGACUGAGGAGGACAGGAAGAGGCUCCACGACUUUGAGGAGCAGUGCUUGGAAACGUACUUCCGGGAAAAGGACGACCACUUUCAUUCCGGGAGCGAGGAGAGGAUCAGGGUCACCUCUGACAGGGUGGAGGGGAUGCUCCAGCAGCUGAAGGAGGUGGGAAAGCGGGUGAACUUCAUCAAGCGCUCCCUCACCACGCUGGACUCCCAGAUCGGGCACUUGCAGGAUCUGUCGGUCCUGACGGUGGACACGCUGAAGGGCCUUUCCGCCCAGCGUGCUUCAGAGGCUUGCCAGGUGCACAACCAGAUCACCCGCGAGCUCAGCGUCUCCAAGAACCUGGGGCCCCGGCCCCUGGACAUGCCCUCUCAGCCUCAGGGCCCCGCCCUGCUGAGGCGCAGCACGGCGGCUGGCCUCGGGCCCUCCCUCCAGCAGGGCGGGGCCGGUGUGGCCGACUCCCUGUUUCGGGGUGGGGCCCGGGACACGAGCAGGAGACGGGGGCCGGAGGCAGAGCCGGGGGUUUCGGACACCGCCCUGUCUCCGCCCGAGCUCCGCCUCGGGGGCCGGCCCCUGGACGAGGGGCGCCCGCCAUCCCCGGCGGAGGGCACCCAGAACAGCGCCACGCCCAGCAGCCUGCCCUGGGCGGCUAAGUUUUUUGCGGGCCCCCCCUCUCCAGUGGGGCAUAAGGGCGUCCUGCCGGAAAGCUUCAGUCUGGAGUUUGGGGCGUUUGUGGGACAUAAAGACUUUGAGUACCCUCGCUGGUUUGGAGAAGGCCUCACUGGGGGGAACAGGCCCCUCACCCCGUCACUGAGGGGCAGAGACACAGGCUCCCCUAGUGGACUGAUGAGGACAGUGAGUUCCUACGCUGGCUUCACGGAAUUUGACAGACCGCCCUCUUCCCUCUACCCCAACUCAGCUCUCAGUGGGAGGCCGCAGAGCCGGGUGUCCUCAGAGGAUCCCCUCCAUCAGCAGAGAUCAGGGCCGCUGGGCAAGUCAGCACAGCUCAGCAAUCUGUCUUCAGGAGAGGAGCUCUUGAAUGCCUCCGCAUCUCUGCUCAUGUUCAGAAACGCACACCUAGGGGCCAGGAAAGACUCCAUCGGGUCUCCCUUCAAGCCCUUGGACACCAGCCUGCAGUAUUCAGCUGUGGAGCGCAAUAACCUGAUGAGAUUAUCGCAGAGCAUCCCAUUCACCCCUGUCCCUGCAAGAGGAGAACCCGUGACUCUGUACCGUCUGGAAGAGAGCUCUCCCAAUACCAUCAACAACAGCAUGUCCUCCUGGACCCAGAGGGGGCUGAGUGCCAAGAUCGAAUUCCUCAGCAAGGAGGAGAUGGGCGGGGGCCUGCGGAGGGCGCUCAAGGUGCAGUGCACCUGGUGCGAGGACAACGUGCUGAAACCGGGACACCUGUACAUCGUCAAGUCCUUCCUGCCGGAGGUGGUGGACACCUGGCAGAGCGUCUACAGGGACGACACUGUUCUGCAGCUCUGCCUGAGGGAAAUUCAACAGCAGAGAGCGGCACAGAAACUGACCUUUGCCUUCAACCAAAUAAAGCCCAAGACUAUCGUCUACUCUCCCAGGUUCCUGGAAGUGUUCCUGUUGUACUGCCACUCAGCCAGCCAGUGGUUUGCCAUCGAGGAGUGCAUCAGUGGCGAGUUUAGGAAGUUUAACAACAACAAUGGGGACGAGAUAGUUCCCAGCAGCCUGCUGGAGCAGACGAUGCUGGCCUUCAGCCACUGGUCCUAUGAGUACACCCGGGGAGAGCUGCUGGUGCUCGACCUGCAAGGUGUCGGGGAGAUUUUGACAGAUCCAUCUGUGAUAACAAGAGGCGAAAAUGAGUCGUAUGAGAUGAUAUUUGGGCCAGCAAACCUGGGGGACGAUGCCAUCCGCAACUUCCGAGAGAAACAUCACUGCAAUGCCUGCUGCCGGAAGCUCCACCUCCCCGAUCUGAAGAGAAACGAGUACACCCCUGACAAAGUCACCCUGCCCCCCGAUGACACCCCUGGCGAGGGUUCCGUCGAAUCACAGAGCAGCACCAAAAACGAGACACCCCCUAUGCGGCUGAUGCAGUCAAAGCGGGCACACAGUACACCUGUGACAGAAGUCCAGGGAAGUUCACCGUAGCCGUGGAGUCCCAGAUCGUUUCAUGGUUUAUUUUU